CUCCGAGUGCGAGGUUUCAGAUUCGUGCGCGCUGCGGCGGCGGAGGCGGUUCUGAGGCGAGAAGGAACAUGGCGGUGCAGAAGGCUGUUUGCGUCAUGGCCGGCGACUCCCCCGUCAAAGGCGUCAUUUUCUUCGAGCAGAAGGGUAGCGGACCUGUAACUGUUUCAGGAAGUAUUAGUGGGUUGACUCCAGGAAAACAUGGGUUCCACGUCCAUGAAUUUGGAGACAACACAAACGGAUGUACCAGUGCAGGCCCUCACUUCAAUCCUGAGGGGAAAACUCAUGGUGGACCAGAAGAUGAAGAAAGGCAUGUUGGUGAUCUUGGAAAUGUGACUGCAGAUGGUUCAGGUGUAGCAACAGUAUCAAUACAGGACCAAAUUAUUUCUCUCUCGGGGCCACAUUGCAUUAUCGGACGUACUAUGGUGGUUCAUGAAAAAGUUGAUGAUCUGGGUAAAGGAGGAAAUGAAGAGAGCAAGAAAACUGGAAAUGCUGGUGCUCGUCUAGCUUGUGGUGUGAUUGGACUGGCCAAGGCUUAAGAUCUUUGACAGUGGCACUCUAUACCAAAACCUACGUGCAGAAUGUAAAUGUACCUAUAGAACUAGCAAUUAUUUGGCUUUGUUUAGGAUAAGAAGCAACUGUUUAAUCUUACGACUCUGUUAAUUGGGGUGUAAACCAAUAAGUUGUCUUAUUUUGUAUACCUUGUAAUUAAAGUGGCAGUCAAACAUUA